CGCACUCACGCACGCACUCACACCCGCCGCGCGGCCAGGCCACCGGCCAGCCUCUCUCCCCCUCUCCUCUCUUUCUACUUUUAAACUCUUCGUCCCUUAAAAAAGUUUCUUCUUCCCGGUCCACCGACCAACCAGCCCCGGACACACGACGAAAGGGCCGGCCAUCGCACCGGACACUCGCCGGGACACCGGGAUUCAGCUGAGAUUGAGCCGGCAGUCCCACCGGGCCGCAACUUUUCCUUCGGUCCCCAUUUUCUCUACCGGCGCUGUGUACCGGACGGUGACGUCAGACGGUAAAACUUGGUACCGCGGUCGGUCACCGUAAAGCCCGGAGCAGCGAGCACAAGUCCGUGUUCCAACUAAAGACGACCAAGCCAGUGUGGCACGGCAGCGCCCCCACCCAACUUUUUUGACUUUGUCCCCGUACUGUCAGGCCUGCACCGGAACCAGGAUCACGGCGGUGUCAGUGGCAGGGCGCACCCGCUUUUGUUUUUGUGUUUAUUUUGGUUUGGUUCCGCUACUCGAGCUGAGACAUGGUGACCGUGUGAACGGGGCAGCGCGUGGGCUCCACGGGACUUUUCUACGAUUCGGUUCGAGGUGAGCUGAGAGAUGGCGAGCGCCUCUGUUAAAGUGGCGGUGCGGGUGCGGCCGUUCAACUCCAGAGAAUCGAGUCGCAAUGCCAACUGUGUGAUCCAGAUGCAGGGAAACACAACCUGUAUCAGCAACCCCAAACAGCCAAAAGAUGGAGCCAAGAAUUUUACAUUUGAUUAUUCCUACUGGUCACACACUACAUCGGAGGACCCCAAUUUCGCAUGCCAGAAGCAGGUUUACAAAGACAUUGGAGAAGAGAUGCUGCUGCACUCGUUUGAAGGCUACAAUGUGUGUAUUUUUGCGUAUGGCCAGACGGGGGCAGGCAAGAGCUACACUAUGAUGGGGAAACAGGAGCCUGGCCAGGAGGGGAUCAUUCCUCAGAUGUGUGAAGACCUGUAUCAGAGAAUUGGGGAAAACACGGACCCAGACCUCACCUACUCUGUUGAGGUGUCCUACAUGGAGAUCUACUGUGAGCGAGUGCGGGAUCUUUUAAACCCAAAGUCUCAGGGGACGCUGCGAGUGAGGGAGCAUCCCAUCCUUGGACCAUAUGUGGAGGAUCUUUCUAAACUGGCCGUGACUGGUUAUAACGACAUCUACGACCUGAUGGAUGUUGGCAACAAAGCCCGGACGGUUGCCGCCACAAACAUGAAUGAAACCUCCUCCAGGUCGCACGCCGUCUUCACAAUCGUCUUCACCCAAAAGCGACGGGACCAAAUGACCGGCCUGGACACGGAGAAGGUCAGUAAGAUCAGCCUUGUUGACCUGGCUGGAAGUGAGCGAGCUGAUUCCUCAGGGGCAAAAGGAACUCGGCUAAAGGAAGGUGCAAACAUAAACAAAUCUCUGACCACGCUGGGAAAGGUGAUAUCAGCGCUGGCAGAGAUGCAGAGCAGUAAGAAGAGGAAGAGUGACUUCAUCCCCUACAGAGACUCUGCUCUUACCUGGCUGUUAAAGGAGAACCUGGGGGGGAAUUCUCGAACAGCCAUGAUUGCUGCUCUCAGUCCUGCUGACAUCAACUAUGAAGAAACACUGAGCACGCUAAGGUACGCUGACCGUGCCAAACAGAUCCGUUGCAAUGCUGUAAUCAAUGAAGAUCCAAACGCCAAACUGAUCAGAGAACUGAAAGGUGAAGUGGAGCGACUGAGGAACCUUCUUUUCUCCCAGGGACUGCAGGAGCUGCUGGACAACUCUGUCAACCCCGAAGGUUCUAAAGGUGUCGCAGGUGUGACAGCCACAGGGCAUCUUGACGUCACAGCCAAUGGGAUUCCUCUUAAAAAUGGCUUCGCCUCUCCAGAUGAUUCUCUGCCUCCUGGUGACCUACCUGCUGACUCAAAUCAAAGGAUUGACCAAGAGGGGGAGGAAGCCAUUGCCAUGGAGUCUAUCAGUAAAGAGGAAGCAGCGGAGAGACUGAUGGAGACUGAGAAGAUCAUUGCUGAACUCAAUGAGACCUGGGAGGAGAAAUUACGAAAAACAGAAUCUAUUAGACUGGACAGGGAGGCGCUGCUGGCAGAGAUGGGGGUGUCCAUCAAAGAAGAUGGAGGAACUCUGGGCGUAUUCUCUCCCAAAGGAACGCCUCACCUGGUUAACCUGAACGAGGACCCUUUGAUGUCCGAGUGUCUCCUCUACUACAUCAAGGAAGGAGUUACCAGGGUUGGACAACAGGAAGUGGACAUCAAGCUGUCUGGUCACUUCAUUAAGGAGAUUCAUUGUGUGUUUGUCAGUGAGACCAACGAGCAAGGAGAAGUGAUUGUGACGUUGGAACCAUUAGUGGGAGCAGAAACCUACGUCAAUGGGAAACAGAUCACCGACGCUGUGGUGCUGAAGCAAGGCAACCGCAUCGUGAUGGGGAAGAACCAUGUGUUCCGAUUCAACCACCCAGAACAGGCCAGAAUGGAGCGUGAGCGUAGCAUCACAGUGGAGCAGCAGCUGACUGAACCUGAGGACUGGAACUACGCUCAGAAAGAACUUCUGGAGAAGCAGGGAAUUGACAUCAAACUUGAAAUGGAAAAAAGACUGCAGGACAUGGAGACCCAAUACAGAAAGGAGAAGGAGGAGGCUGAUUUGCUGCUGGAGCAACACCGACUGUAUGCCGACAGUGACAGUGGUGAUGACUCUGACAAACGCUCUUGCGAGGAGAGCUGGAGGUUGAUCUCAUCACUCAGAGAGAAGCUACCUGCAAAUAAGGUGCAGUCCAUCGUGAAGCGCUGUGGCCUUCCCAGUAGUGGGAAGAGGAGAGAGCCGCUCAGAGUUUAUCAGAUCCCUCAGAGGAGGAGGAUCAGCAAAGAUCCCAAAAGAGUUACCAUGGAGGAUCUUCGCAUGCAAGCUGUGAAGGAGAUCUGCUACGAGGUCGCCCUGGGAGACUUCCGUCACUCCCGGCAAGAGAUUGAGGCGCUCUCCAUCGUGAAGAUGAAAGAACUGUGUCGCAUGUACAUCAAGAAGGAUUCCAACGAGAAGGAGAGCUGGAAGGCCGUGGCCCAGGAUGUCUGCGACACCGUGGGCAUCGGAGAGGAGAAGAGCCCCCCGGCUGAGGAGGCGGGGGGUGGAGGUGCAGCCGGUGAACGGGCUGAGGUGAAGGAAGGAGAAGGAGAGGGAGGGAAGGAGAAAGGAAAGAUGUACGACCUGAAGGCUCAUAUCGAUAAGCUAACGGACAUUCUGGAGGAGGUGAAGCUGCAGAACAACAUGAAGGAUGAGGAGAUCAAAGCUUUGCGGGACCGAAUGAUCAAGAUGGAGAGCAUCAUUCCUGUUCAGGUUGGUGCCAUCGAUACCAUUCUUCCUACUGUCCUGCUGCACGUCAUCUUCCACGGCCUAUUUCUGCAGGACGAUGAGGUGAAUGGAGAAGGAGGGGCUUCUCCCCCAGAAAACGCUGAAGAACCAGAAGUCAGAGUGCAGAAGUUGAUGGAAGAAGAUCCGGCUUUCAGGAGAGGACGCCUCCGCUGGUUGAAGCAGGAACAGCAGCGGCUCCAGAAUCUCCAGCAGCAGAACAUCACCAAGAAGCUACGGGGGUUGAGCCAGAACCAGAAUCAAGGGUCAAAUUCUCCCACCGUUCCUGUUCACCUUCCCGGGACUGGACGAUUCAUCCCUCCACAGGAGUGUAAGCUCAAGUUCCCUUUCAAGAGUAACCCAGCCCACCGGUUAUCAUGGGGACCGGCCAGCGCCGCUCUUCAGGCUCUUGGUUUGGACGACGUCCCAGGAGAGGGGGCGGAGCCUCGGGAAGAGAGGGACGGAGGUGAGGAGAAAGCGACCCCUUCGCCUCCUCCUCCUCCACACAGCCAGUCUCCUGGUCUCUUACCACUUCCUUUCCAACCUCCGCCCCCCCGCCACCGCACGCCGAGCCCCCAUCGGGGCUGGCAGCAGCGGAAUCAGGGCCACCAGGGCUUCAACCACUUCCACCAGCAGGGAGGAAACCAGAACCAACCGCGACAGUACCGCCGCAACUCUUUUGACAGCUCCACCCACAACAACACCAAAUACGACAAUUCACAACAUCACGGUGGCGGCGGGGGUCACCAAGGGCGACCCAGGCAAAGGAGGGGGGCGUCACCUGGGCCAGGUGGGGAGAAAGGAGGAGGAGGAGGAGGAGGAGGCCGAGGAAGGGACAGAGACGGAGGCUUUCACUACAAUCAGCGCCAGCAUCAUCAGUUUCACCCCCACCCUUACUACCAGCACCCCAAUGCACCAUUCCAGCCAGGACUCUUCCCCAACUACCACAGCCUCCCUCGCACCCGGGCGCCGGCGCCGCCGCCCCCUGACAUGCUGAUGAUGGCGGCGGCUGGGAUCCCUGUCGCCGGGUGGGGCUUCACCACCCCACCGCGGAUGAGGCGGCAGUUUAGUGCACCCGAUCUGAAAGACAAGGAAACUCCCAUGUGACCUUCUCAUUCUGACCCUUGAACUUGCCCAUGCAGAUUUCUGAUCGGUGUAAUGUCACAACGAUGGCGAGAGUUGGUGUGUGUGCGUGCGCUCGAAUGGCUGUGUCAGCACUUUUACUUUGUGCACAUUUGCUGUGUGUCUGUCUGUUUUACUAUAAUCCUCCAUAUUACUGUAGUCGACUGUUCCAUCACUACUUCUACACUGUUCAAGAACACACACUAGUGUCUCCGUUGCUUCAGGGUUUUGGGACAAGUUGAGUUUUUAUGUUUUUAGUUGUUGCUAAUGCCGUUUCAAACCGGGCUAACUGGCCUUUUAGCUCGGCGGAAGAGCUGCUGUGUGGCCUGCCAGCCUACAGGCCUUCAAGGAUAAUUGUUGUGAUCCAAACCAGGCUCAUAGCUGAACUGAAAGAGGAUAGAGGAAGACUCGGUUAGUUUGACCGGCUAGAGGAGCAUGGUGCUAGCUAUGAGAACGGGUCUGAAAUGAGAUAUCUUUUUUUUUUUUUUUUUUAAAAGCAACAUUCAAGUUUGGUGGGAGUUAGCUGUGCUUCAGUUUUAAGAUAUGAUUUUAAAGGCAGAAUCUGAUUUAUGAUUUAAUAUAUUUUCAAGUAUUUGUCCGUCUUAAAUGGUAGUGUUGACAUUGUAGGGAGAAAUUUAGAAUCUUGGGCCAUUCACGUCAUAUGAUUUUCUGACAGAUUUGUGAAUUCAGUGUUUUGAUCUUGGAUAGACCGACAGCUGAUCGUGUUUUGACAUAAGAACAUCAAAGUGGAAUAGUCAGCAAUGUGGCCAUGGUGGUGAAAUGAAAUAUGUUGCUCCCGCUCUGCUUGAAUGCUGCGACGCUACAAACCAAAGAGUCGUGCUGCACCAACCCACUGAAGGGGUCGGUGUGGACUUGGAUGAUAAUGUAACGGUGAAUCUAUUUAAGGAACCUGCACAUCAUGUGAUAUUGGUCGUGACUAGUGUGUGAAGUGGAUGUGGAAUUUGAAAAGUUGUGUCUCUGGAUGAUGACAGAGAGAGAGAGAGAAGAAUGUCAUGAAGUAGGAAGUUAGAAGGGAAAUAGAAAAGUCAGCGAUUUAGAAUGUUUUUUUGUAGUCAAGUAGUAGAGUGGGUAUAUGAGCACAAGACUGCUGAGUCAUUGGUCUAGUAACAUACUCUAUUUUGAUUUUGACUGAAGUGACAUCGACUGAAGUUUGAUGUCAAUUGAAUGGAAAUAUUAAACAAGUGACUAUCGAAAGUUGAAAAAGCAGAGUCAACUUUGAUGUCAUUUUUCAUUGAAAAGCGUCUCGCUAGCUCGUAGAGUCAGAGGGUGAAGCGAGGCUCCGCCCUCCCUCAAACGGUGACUCACCAUUGGCCAGCCGAGCUCUCAGCUGGAGCAGAAGCCAGGAUGAAAUGCAAUCCUAGACGAGGCAUGUGCACUUUACCAGGCGACGACCCGCCUUCAGGCCAGUUGGACUGUUGAAAUCUGAUUCAACUCAUGGAGCAGUUAGGAAGCGUUCACUUUCAUUCUCAAGCGUUGGUUGACCUCAUGCUUCAAAAGUGCCUGCCCCGCAGGUGGAGGUGGGAGUUUGGAGGUCAGAGCUGAACUCUAGUUCUGGUGUGUUAGCGUCGCUGUCACACUGGACAGCUCCACAUUCCUUCUAAAUCAGAGGAGAUGGACUGUGGGCGGGAGUGAAGCUCCUCUCACCUGCAUCUUAACCAGCGUGUCACAUUCAAGAGUGUGGGAAACGGUCGCGGCCCCUCAACUGACUAAGAUCUGUAAACAUCUUCCUCAAGAGUCUGGCCGGUGGCGGUUGCCGUGGUGACGACCAACACAGGAAGUCUGACAUGACGAGACAAUCUUGACCAACUGCUGUCGGCCUGAUGGGAGCUAAAGAUUUUCAUGCAUAUUUACUUUUUGAGUUCUUUCUUCCACCAUGUCAUCUGAUGGGUGUUUUUUGUUUUUUCUUCUAGUAACUUUCCUUUAUUUAACCAACGUUCUUCAUGUCUUUGAUAUUUUUGUUAAGUUUGCUGUAAUUAAUAGUAGAAUCUUUGGGAUGCUGCUACAGGAAGCGACUGCGUGUGUAUGUGCGUGUGUGUGUGUAUUCGUGGCUGGUUUUGUUUCUGGGUUAAUGUAGAAUCAUGUUUCACGUCAUUAAGUUGGUUUCCCAGUUUUUAUUUUAUCUCCUAAGCAGACGUGUAGUGUUGGUGACGCCCUCAUGCUAAGUUUCUGUGACAUCAUCAGUUAAGACGCCUGGACUCUGGAACAUGAUGACGUCACUGUCAGGCCUCAGUCCCAUUGGCCCGGAGUGUCAGUACAGGUGUUGUAUCAGGAAACAAACUCAGGCUCCACCUGCAAUAAAAAAAAAGAAUGACACUAACUCCUCCUUUUUGUUGGCUGUUGUGUUUGAACGUAGUGUUGAGCUCACCGUCCUUUACCCCUUUGUCUGUGUAUGUGCUGCCUUUCAAAAUCCACUUCUCCACAAACAUUCAGAUAAAGUGUGUUAUGCACUUCAUGCCGCCCCUGCCGUCAAUUAACCAAU